AUGGAGCCUUCACCAGUGACUCUCCCGCUCAGCCCCGAGUUUAGCUCAAGAAAGCGUGUUAAGGACCAUCUCACGAUCAUGCGAAAGUUCAAGCGCAUCUUAGAGGAUGCGAAGAACCCCGGUAGGGACGCGGAUAGUUACCCGCUCCCUCCACCUGGCGUUUCAGGCCAGGAACAAGAGGGUAAAUGGAGAGUGCAAUGUCUCCUUAUGAGCGCUGAGGUCCGGUACGCGAGGUACCUUGAUAUGUUAGUCAGGUGGAUCGCAUAUUAUGGCGAAAAAGCACCCAAGGAUCAGUGGCCGCUCCCACCAUGGUGUGAUAAUCCUAAUUCCCGCGCUGUCAUUCCUCAUUUGGGCCAUCGGGCGAUCAUAUUCUAUGGCCAUCUCCUUUCGCCAUUCAAAUUCCACAGCGACGCCAUGAUCGACUCAAGUUACGGGACUCUUUGGUUAGCAGAGAUCGAAUUUCCUCUUGCAAGAAUGUGUGCAAUCAAUACAGAUGAUGCAAGUCAACGUGUAUGGAUGCGUUGGUAUCCCAAUAUCCCUUAUCAGAUUGUCGAGUUCACUCCUGCUGGAGACCACGCAUACAUCACUGCUGAGAAUGCCACGGACAUCCACGGGUAUAGGUGUGGCUCGAAGCACUGCAAGAAGAAGACACAUGUCAUCCGAAUGACUGAAUGGUCUGAAUACCGGGUUGGCCGAGCCAGGCUCAUCUGUCCAGGUUGCAAGACGACGUUCUCUAACAGAGAGACCAACCGUGAAACCCUACUUGAAUCCUCCCGUGCGAUGUUUGGGUUCCCUGUUUUUGACCUAUGGAACAGACCUCAACGACAAUUUGGCAAGCAAGGUCUUGUGGACCGAAUUUUGGCCUUGACUCCGGUUCCAGGGCUAAUUCCAGACCAUACCUCCCGCUACAUCAAAUUCCUGCAGCUCAUGAAAGAUGUCAAAUGUACUCUUGUCCCGACGCUCGACAUCGAUCUCCUCUGGCACACUCACCAGCUCUCACCACUCGCGUACGGCAAAUACUGUAAGACACAAGUGGGGCGACAUAUUGACCACGUCGAUACCAUCUGCACGAUGACGCGCUCCACGGGGGAGGACGACACAGCGCGCCUCUGGGCAAAGCGAUACGGCGAGUCCUACUUUGACCCGGAAAGUACGGUCAAGAAGGCCGAGAUCGAACGAUGUAAAGCCACGUGUAACCAGAAAGGGGAGGCCAUGGUGGCCAAACUGACCGCGUACGACGACAGCCAUCAAUAUAUCAAGAGAGAGAUCGACGAGAAAACCGAACGUCUCGCAACCAUGCAGGCCAGCAUACGCGACACACAUGCGGCGGUGAGCGCGCUCAACGCGGCGGUCGCGAACGUAGCGACAGCGAAAGAGUCCGUCAAGCCGACAUUGCGGCUACUCGAACUGCGUUACUACCGCCGGUCGCAAAAGGAGCGACUGCGGAAGCUAGAAGAUAAGCGCCGGUCGCUGGUGGAGGAGUCUAUACACAAGCGGCGCGAGGUGGAGAGUCUCGAGCAUGAGAUGGCGCGGGAGCCGAGGCCGGACUAUAUGGGAUGGGUGGAGGUGCAUAAGGCAAGGCGGCUCCUGGUGAAGCGGCUUGUGCUCGAGAUGGCCUUAGAAACAGACGCGAUUUGGAAGGAGCAGCUGAACCAGGAGGAGCGGUAUGACGGGUCGUGGUGCUCGAUCGUGCCGUCAGAGGCGGGGGUGGAGGGGGAGGAGGAGGAGGAGGAGGAGGGUACGAUGGAGGAGGGUGCGGUGGGGGUGGAUCCGGAUCCGGGGGCGCUGGCGCCGGGGGUGGAUGUGGCGGCGGAGGGUCCAGCGGGGGAGGGUGUGGCGGCGGAGGAUGCGGUGGUGGAUGUGGCGGUGGCUAAUGCAGGGAUACAGCGCCAUACAUAUCUGUCUGUUCCUUCCAGCUUCGCUUCCUGCGGACCCACAUGA